GACUGUUGUUCAUGUUUACCGGUUCUCCUGCUGGUUCUCCUGGUUCUCCUCCACCUCCUCCUCCUUCACCUCCUUCACCUCCUUCACCUCCUCCCGCUCCUCCACCAUGUCAGAGUGACUCCGGGGUGCACGGAGAGGAUACAGCCGGAAGAGGAGUCGCGAUGUUGGGGGAGACACGGUGACUCCGCGCUAAGAGGAGCUGCCGGAGGUUAGCUGUUAGCUGAGCGGCUACGCGACUCUCGACGAGGUCGUCUCUACAGCAUUUUUUUUUUUUUUUUACGUCUUUACAUCCUCAAAGAAAUCCACUUCUUCCAACCUGCACCAUGGGUCCGGAGGGGAAGAGGCUGCUCAACAUCAUCAUCCUCGGCUUCGGCUUCAUGUUCAUGUUCACCGCCUUCCAGACCUGCGGCAACAUUGAGCAAACUGUGAUCAAGAGCUUCAACAGCACAGAGUUUCACGGCAGUGGAUACACCAGCAUGGCCAUCAUCUACGGGGUGUUCUCUGCCUCCAACCUCAUCGCCCCCUCGGUGGUGACCCUCAUCGGCCCUCAGUUCUCCAUGUUCUUCAGUGGGCUCCUCUACAGCGGAUACAUCGCCAUGUUCAUCUACCCGUACACCUGGACCUUCUACACGGCGUCUGUGCUGGUCGGGAUCGGAGCAGCAGUGCUGUGGACAGCUCAGGGAAACGUUCUCGCCAUCAACUCCAGCGACCGCACCAUCGGGAGGAACAGCGGCAUCUUCUGGGCUCUGCUGCAGUUCAGCUUGUUCUUUGGGAAUCUGUACAUCUACUGCGCCUGGCACGGCCACGACCACAUCACAGAUAAAGACCGCCGCACCGUCUUCAUCUCUCUGACCGUCAUCAGCCUGGUGGGCUGCUUCCUCUUCUUCCUCAUCCGGAAACCCGAGCCUCCUCCCGCCUCCUCCUCGGAGGUGACCGAGUCUCUGCUGCCGACCGAGUCCCUGGAGAACUCCUCGGACAGCUCGGAUCCGUUGAGUCUCUGCUCGCAGGCCGUCGACGCCUUCGUUCAGGCCUGCAAGAUGUUCACCACCAGAGAAAUGCUGCUGCUCAGCGUCUCCAUCGCCUACACAGGUUUGGAGCUGACCUUCUACAGCGGCGUGUACGGCACCAGCAUCGGCGCCAUGACCAGGUUCGGCAAAGACGCGAAGAGUCUGAUCGGCAUCUCCGGCAUCUGCAUCGGCGUCGGGGAGAUCCUCGGAGGGGGCGUGUUCGGGCUGCUGAACAAGAGCAGCCGGUUUGGGAGGAACCCGGUGGUCCUGCUCGGCCUCAUCAUUCAUUACUUGGCGUUCUUCCUGAUCUUCCUCAACAUCGCCAACGACGCUCCUCUGGCUCCUGAAGCGGGGACUGACCUGCAGGCCUUCAUCACUCCCAGCAUCGGCGUGGCGUUGUUCUGCAGCUUCCUCCUCGGUCUGGGCGACAGCUGCUUCAACACACAGCUGCUCAGCAUCAUCGGCUUCACGUUCCGGGACAACAGCGCCCCCGCCUUCGCUGUCUUCAAGUUCAUCCAGUCCAUCGCCGCCGCUCUGGCCUUCUUCUACAGUAACUACCUGCUGCUGCAGUGGCAGCUGCUCAUCCUGGUGCUGCUCGGCUUCCUGGGCUCCACCACCUUCUUCAUGGCCGAGUGGGCGGCCGAGGCGUCCCGGCCGCAGUCCGACUACGACAGCAUCUGAUCCGACACGGGGGAUGACCACGGAUGCCUCUGACGCUGUAUUCGGUUGGCACGGAGCCAAGACUCUUCCUGACAUUCAUCUGAAUGGAGACACACGUCGGACUCUCCAACACGUUUGUUUCCUGCUCUUUGUUUUACGCGUGAGAAGGAGGAAGCACUUUAAUUCAAAGCCUGUUUAAUAUACUGAGGGAAACGUUCGUAUCCACUCGUGCAGCUGGGAACUGGGAAAUUUCCCAUUUAGGAGAGGUGUAUUUCCCAGUUAGAGAUGCACAUUAAUGACAAAAAUACACAUAAAAUGAAGCUCUGUUUAAUUGUGCAUGUGCACACCUGCACAGGGAGAACAUUCAGACAACACACAGACAGACCUGGAAUUGACCCUGGUUACUUUUUGCUGUGAACCAGUUGAAAAAAUUAAAUAGGAAUAUCAAGGUGCAAAAGAUAUUCAUCAAGACUGUUUCAGUUGAAACACACAAUAGAAACACAACACAGAGGUUUAAGUAACACAAAUGUUAAGGACUCGAUCACAGAAAAAAGUUGCGAUCAAAGGGAGGAAUGUGUUAAGAAAAGAAGUCAUAAUUAAUCAAUGGAAUUUAAACGUAUAAUCAGAGUUCAGUAAAAAGUUGAUCUAAGUGUCCUUAUUCUUCUUUCUGCCUGCACAUCCUGAAGAAACUGUAAAACAGCCUCAGAUUCAUUCUCACGUUCGCUGUUUCUGAUAAGAGACUCAGAAAUUUCACAUUCCCACAGUUCAUGUUUCAUCUGAUCACAUCAGUUUGUCACAUGUGGCCCUUGAGCCAUGUCUAUCACAGCCCCGGUUUAAGACUCUCAAUGAUCAGUUUUCAUUAAAAAUAAGUUUUGAUGCCAAAUAAACACUAAAAAAACACACACAAAAGGAGCCUCGUUGUGACACAUCGCUGUACUUUCUGUUGAGUUUUGCACACUUGGCUGUUUGGCUUCAUUUUCUGCUGGAUUAAACAUGAAGGGACGAGACCCACUUCUGAGGCUGAAGCAUUUGCAAUCAGGGACAAUAAGGGAAGCAGCAUGUGUUCGCUGAUUUUAUACACGAAUGUAGAAUGACUCAUAUUUUCGCUUGUUUUUAUUGUCAAUAAAAUGUCAUUUUGAAGGUGA